AUGUGGUCCAUGUCCACACCAGUUGGGCCCAUCCCCUCCAAUCCAACCGUCGCCUUCACCACGCCGCCGAACUACGCUGGCCGACUGUCCCACCUUCUUGCUGCCAACGGCCUCAACCCCCUCUCCUCCCCCACCCUCCUAGUCGAGCCCACCCCUCGCACCAUCUCCGCCCUCAAAUCCUACCUUCCUCCGCCCCAUUCCCUCAACGCCCUCUUCUCCGCCGUCGCCUCCGACCUCGAAUGCCCUCUCCUCUCCCCCUUUGGCGACCGCGAAUUCACCAUCGCCGCUCUCGGCAAGGACUCGGAGCUUCUUUACGAUGAAUACCUCACCAAAUUCGGCAAGAAUCGUGAUCGGAUUAGGGUUUUGGUCCCCCUAGUCGCCAUGCCGAGCGGACUAGUGCGAUCUCUCAGGGAUGGCCGUCGACAACGGGUCCUGUGUACGGUCCCAAUCAUCGUGGAUCUCGAGGAGCCUCCGGUGGUGCCAAACUUUCUCCGGGAGCUGGAGUCGAGCCGGUGGAUCCCGGUCCUUGUCGGCACGUACGAGACGCCCUGA